AUGGCCCUGUCCCUACCGCGCACCUUGGGAGAACUCCAGCUGUACCGUGUCCUUCAGCGAGCCAACCUCCUCUCCUACUAUGAGACCUUCAUCCAGCAGGGCGGCGACGACGUGCAGCAGCUGUGCGAGGCCGGCGAAGAGGAGUUCCUGGAGAUCAUGGCAUUGGUUGGCAUGGCGACCAAGCCGCUGCACGUCCGGCGCCUGCAGAAGGCCUUGCGGGAGUGGGCCACCAAUCCGGGGCUUUUCAAUCAGCCGGUGCCCUCCAUACCCGUGAGCAGCAUUCCUCUCUUCAAGAUCUCCGAGUCCGGGGGGCGCAAAUCGCUCACCAACGGGCACGCUAGUCCGGGAGAGACCCCCGCCAAGGCCAGCGCCACCUCUCCUGCCAAGAGCCCCUCGGAGCCAAGAGAUAAGCUUUCCCCGUUGGCAGCGAUUCAGUGGAGCACCGCCGAGUCAGAAGAGGAAGGAGGGGUGUCCUCACCGGCGGGGCAACCUUUGUCCGCGGAACAUCUAGACCCAGAGCUGGUCCAGGCGGUGUCAGAGAGCGCGGAGCGGCUUUUGCGCAGUUGCCCUCGCGGGGGCGACGCUGAGCUGAGGGCCCUCAUGAAGAUGAACAAGAAGCUGGCCAAAACAGUGGGACAUGUCUUCCGCAUGGACAACGGGGACCCUCAUAAGGAGGAAGAGAUCCGACGUCACAGCGCUAUCUAUGGGCGAGGAGAAGCCCGGCGAUGUGAGAGCAAGCAGCUCACGCUGCAUGAGCUGACCAUCAACGAGGCUGCGGCCCAGUUCUGCCUGCGGGACCCUUCCCUGCUGCUGCGCCGAGUGGAGCUCUUUUCCCUGUCACGCCAGGUGGCUCGAGAGAGCAGCUACCUGACUACACUGAAGGGAUCCAGACUGCAUCCGGACGAGGGUGGCGCUGGGCAAGCCAAGAGACUCAAGCAAGAGGUUGCAGAGCACAGCCGGCCUGAUCUUCCCUUGGUCUGCGAACCGUUCAUUCCUCAGUACCGGUCCAGCAUAGAGGAGGAUACCGCCAGCUUGUCAGGGGAAAGCUUAGACGGACACCCACAAGCCACGGGCUCCUGUCCUCGGCUGACUCCGCCCCCCAACGCCGCCUCUGACGCACUGCUGGGCCUCCCGCCCCACGGGCUGUGGAGCCGCCACAUCCUGCAGCAGACCCUGAUGGACGAAGGCCUGCGGCUGGCGCGGCUGGUCUCUCACGAGCGGGUGGGACGGCUCAGCCCGUGCCUACCGGGCAAGACUCAAGGGACAGAGUUUGGGGAAAACCUCUCUGAGCGUUGCCAGGCUCCGGCGGCGCAACUGGAGGCCAGAAGGAACAGCAUCAAGGUAGAACCAGAGAGCAGCCAUCAAUAAGUGGCGGGUGACUCUCGGCACUCAGUCACCAAGCAAUAAUGUGCCAGCCCGACUCCACACGUCAAGAGAGACUCUUUGCGGGAGAUGGAGGGGGACGUGCAGUUCUCUGAGUCACCACAAGGAGGCGUGCUUCGCUUCAUUGACUGAAGGACAGCUACCAUAUAUUCGCACAACUCUCGUUCGCCAAUCGCGGUUCCCCUUCAAGAAGUGAAAAACAAGCUUGGCCUCUGCCCCCCUCCAAGCACCAGUAGAAGUGCAUGGAUGGGGAAUCCCGCAUCCUGUGAUCCUAAUAACUACGUGAGAAGGGGUGUCCUGGCUACAGCGGGUAGCAGUGACCUCAGGGAGACCACAUCUCUGCUUAGUUUUGCGGAGGGGGUGGGGUUCAUGGAAGGUCAGCCACACAGACUAUGAUGUAUACAGCCAUAAUGUUAAAAAACAACACUCAUUUUUUAUAUCCUUAACAGAAAGACAUUCAGUUCUUCGACCACGUCACCCUCAGAAUCACCACUGUUCUUCCCCAAAGUGCACACAAAUGCUCCCACAAUCCUUACGACCGUGCCGGGACUCGUGCGUGCCCUCCCGUAUGUGUACAUACGAUACAUUGUCCCCAUAGCCAUUCUCUCUCACACAAACACACACUCCCCUGUGUAUAAACAAAUGCUCCCCCCACACAACAAAUGCUCCCCCCACACACAGAGUGACGCGCAGUGUCGCAUAUCCAUCAAAUAUUUGUCACGGCCGUUCUCUCAGCUCUCUGUCGUCUGUCUCCUCCAAGGUCCCAAGCCGCUUCCUCUUGGGCCGAAACCUCUCGUGGAAUGUGCCAACGUCAGUUAAUCGCUCUUGGUGUUGACCUCGUGUUGGUGUUCGCCCCCCCCCUCCAGUGGUUCUCGACCACCGUCUGGCCCUUUCUGGAAUUCCACGCGGCUCUAUGCUCCCGUGACCGUUCUAAGGAACUUGCUCUAGAGCUGGGCCCCUACCAAAAUCCAUUCAUUUCACGGCACCUGGUGUUUUCAAGGGCACAGUCUGCCCGGCUGUGUGAGCAGCAG